GCUUAUAAAAACCGAGAUCAUAUGCCCCAUUUUCCCCACCAACGGCCACCAAAAAUCUAGCUAUUAACUUGACAAGCCUUCUAAAAUGGGGUUUAGCAAGUUUUUUCUAGCAAUAUGCUUCAUUGGGUUCACCCUAAUUCAAGCCUCCCUGGCACAAAAUUCCAACCGAGACUUUCUCGACGCCCACAAUGCUGCUCGUGCCCAAGUCGGUGUUCCUCCUCUAACAUGGAACCACACGCUGCAAGUCUAUGCCGAGAAUUAUGCUAACAAGAGGAGGGAUUGCAACUUGGAGCAUUCCAAUGGACCCUAUGGGGAGAACAUCGCACAAGGAUGGGGUACCUUCACCGCACUAGAGGCUGUGAAGAUGUGGGUUGAUGAGAAACAAUACUACGACCGCAAGUCCGGUUCGUGUAAGGGUGGUGAGUGCCUGCACUACACCCAGGUUGUCUGGCGCGACACCAAGCGUAUUGGGUGUGCCAGGGUCAAGUGUAAUAAGGAUGGGGGGAUCUUUAUGACUUGUAACUACGAUCCUAUCGGUAAUUACGAUGGUGAACGCCCAUUUUAAAAUAUUGGUCAUGAAGACUAUGAGGGGUGUAAUUUGUCUAGUAAAAUUAUAAUGUGGCCGGGUGUGGUUAUUGUUCUUUCUAUGUACCUUUUGAUGGCCGGACAAAAGGAGGUAUAAAAUAAUGAUUAAUAUUUAUGUUGUUAGUUAAUCUCUAUUAAUGGUAUAAAGAAAGAAAAA